CGGCGUUUACAUAGCGAGCUCGAAGCAGCCGAUGUGGAUCACAGAAGACUACAAGAGGCCCACGUUCAAAUGAUGGACCUAACAAUUGGAAGAUACAAGGAGAAAUGCGUCCAUCUGCACGAGUCCUUCGCACACGAACGCAACCUUGUCGUUUCGAACGAGACCAACGAAUUAAGUAGAAUACGAAAGAAUUUGGAAGAGCACUGCCAUCAAUUGCACAAUAUAAUUUUUGGCCAAGACAAGGGAAUAGAAAGUGUAUUGACGCAAACGAAAAUCCAGAAUGCCGUUAAUACUUGUGGCAUCGUAUAUUUGAAGGAAGACUCGUUGUCGCGUUUGGUGCAUUACGUUUCCAGUGAGGUCGAACAAUUGUGGCGACAGCUUAACGAAACGAUAGUCAAAUACGAGAAAGAUACAGGAGACAAGAGAAAACAGUACGAGUACUUGAAGGAGCAAGAUGACGCUCAUCGUGCAGACGUGGCGCACUAUCCAAAGUUGCAAACACAGUUACAAAGCAUGAUUAAGAGCCUGAAGCAGGACACGCAUACGUUGUCGCAGAAAAGGCAGCAGAGUAUAAACGAACUGAACGAUAGGAUUGUGCGUAUGAGGAAGAAAAUGUCAGGUUUCAGACAGAUAUUUUCCAUGAAUCAAGUGCUCGACACUACCCAGCUCAAGAAAUUGACAAUCAUUAGCGCUAGCGUUCUGAAAGAACUACAGAGGACUUCAGAAAAAGGUUCGGCGUUACUGUCCUUGCUGAAAAUGUGUUCAAAUUUGGAGCCGUUCUCGCUGACUGUAGAAAAGUACACUUUACGCGAUACAGGUUCCAGAAGAGCUUUCACGAGUUGCAUGUCGGAACCGUUUGACAAACUGGACAGGUUUUGGGCACUGUUCAACCACAUUAAAUCGGAUAAUUUCCUCAUGAAAAAGGAAUGCGACAAGCUGUCUUUCGAAAACAAACAAUUGAGAAACACCCUGCGCACAUAUCUCUUAACUGUUUCUAGAGUUCCAGCUGCACGGCCACUUACAUCUAUUCCUGUAUAAUAAAUAGAUUUACUUGGAAUAAAUCGAUAAGAGAAAAGAGAUAUCGUUUAAAUUGAAAAAUUAAAAUGAAUCCUUAAAAAUAAAACGUUAAAU